AUGAAGUACGAACAGAUUAGUGAGUCUGAGGAAACAUUGCUCCAAAAUGAUGGGCAUGGUGUCACCCGAUCUGCAAGGCGAGACUCUCAGACAAAGCUUUUUGGGCUGUCUGUACUUUUCAAUGCCCUUCUCAUCAUUACUUUGGCCGCCAUAGUUGCCGAGAGGCAAUUCGGAGAGGCUUCGUCAGAUAAUAACUGGCUGAGGCAAACGUCUCACUACUCGCCGCUCUGGGGAAGUGACCUCGAGAAGAAGCUUGUCAAGGUCGAUAAGUUGUUCGACGGCAGUCUCUUCGAAACGGCGAAUCCUUCGAUCUACCGCAACGGUCUCUCGCCCACAGAAGACGUCGACAGAGCCUGGCAAGAGCUAGAGUGGAUCCGCACGUUUCCCAUCACGGCCAACGACGUCAGGGGCAUCGGCAAGGACCCCGAGCUGGCCGUCAAGUUCCCACCCGAGUACGGCCUCGGCGACGACGCAUACGUCGCCCAGCUCGACAUCUUCCACCAGCUGCACUGCCUGAACCUGCUGCGGCACAUCGCCUGGGGCGAGUUUGACCGCGACGGCGUGACGGCGAAGCGGCCGUAUUCCGACCUGCACUGGAUCCACGUCACCCACUGCACAGAGCUGAUCCGCGAGAACCUCGUGUGCGGCGCGAACCUUGACGUGAUCACCUUCAAUUGGAAGGAGACGCAGGACCUGCCGUUUGCCGACUUCAACGUGAACAAGAAGUGCUCCAACAUCGAGGUCUUAAUGGAGUGGCAAGAGAAGAAUACAAUUGUGGCCGAGAGGGCGAGGAACUUUACCAGGCCCGCUGGAGCCAAACAGGUGCCCAUCAGUGACGAGUACUUCCGAAUCUUUGGGAUAGAAAAAGUCGAUCUUCACGCGGGAGAGGCACAUGAGCAUUCUUUCAAGGACGCACAAUGA